AUAACGCCGCACAACAUCGCACUGGUUCGGUUCAGCCUCCUUGCCCCCCUGAAAGCACGCUAGUCAUCUCCCCAUCUCCAUGCAGGGACAUCUCCCGGAGCAAAAGCUAGGAUAACAGCAGCUUCGAAGUCUCCCGUUGGAGGAAAACAGACCGAACGACACAGGCGUAGUAGACAGGCACAAGGGCAACAUUAUUCGACGGUGGCCACAAUUACUGCAACCCUGCUGAAAUCGUAGAAAUCAAUGGAUCUGUACUGAAUCGUGUGAAUACUGUUGACCGCCACGACUUCAAAGUCAUUUAUGAGGUGCGACUGAGCAUCGGUUGGGAUAUGUCGGUGAAAUGAGCAUCGGUAUGAAGUAACAACAGAUAAAUAAGGUACCUUAGUAGGUAGAAACAGGACUUUGUCCAAGCUCAAGCCACUAAUAAUACAAAAGACACGGAACGGCAACAUGCAAUCAGCCAUUUAUCCAUCCCCCUCAACACUCUAUCUCCAACCCAAAUUCUUGAGCAAAACCCGAGCAGCCCUUGUCAGCCACGAUAACCCAUGCCAUGUACGGGGUACAGUUCAUACUUGUUAUGGGCGCGCAUUGGUCUCGCCUGGGGGUGGGACGGCAGAGCAUCCUUACCCAUACCCAUGCCCAUGCCCAUACAGCACGAUGCUAAACAAGACCCUGUUGCUAAUAUCCCCCGUACUCGCCUGUGUGAUUAAAAACGCCUCGGACUCCUCAGUUUAUAUAUAUCUGCCCUUGAUCUCCCUGUUCCAGGACCCGUCUUUUCUCCUUAACCUCCUUAACCUCCUCUACAUUCUCCAGUUCUUCCUACUACAUCCUCGAACGUCGACCCUCACGUAAUUGCCAUCAUGAAGUUCCUCUGGUCCCUCGCCCUCUUCGCUGCUGCGGCUUCCGCCCAGUCCUCUACGGACUCUGGCGCUGCUCCCUCUGCCUCUAGCGAGUGUGAGGCUGACUACAUCGUCAAGAAAUGUCUCGAGACCGAGAACGCAAAGGUCGAGGACUGCAAGGCCAACGAUUGGGACUGUCUCUGUGCUGCAUAUGAGGCUGUUGCUACCUGCUUCAACAACUGCCCAGACGACCCUCGCGCCAGCUCCGCCCAGAGCCAGGUUCAGGUCAACUGCCAGCAGGCCUCUCUCUAUGGCACUGCAACCAAGGCCACCAAGACCAGCUCUUCCACAGCGACAGCUGACGCAUCAGAUGCUACCGCCACUGGUUCCGAUGCCCCUGAUGCGACCAGCUCUGCUACUGAGUCUGCCGCCAGCGCCGAGAACACCAACAAUGCUGCCGACAAGGCACGCAACACUGCUGGUGUUCUUCUUGCCGUCGCCGGUGUAGUCGCCGCUAUUCUGUAAUUGCAUGUUGGACAUGGUUUAUGAGUAACAUGGAGGAGUUUGAUUUGGUCUGAGCUUACGGCCGAAAAGCGUGCCAUCAAUGAUCUAUCUAAGUAAUAAUCUAAUUCAUUAAUACAUACUCGGCUAGGAAAAUCAUCUUAGCCGGUUGAUGAACUGAAUUUCAUGUACG